CUAAAAAGAGCUCUUCAUUAGGUCACUUGAGCCAAUCUAGUUCCGCGUAAAAUUCUGUUGCCCUACAACUUGGUCGAAUUCAUGGACUUGUCGCUACAAACGGCGCACCAACAUGCAGCAAAUGCAGAGGAUUAUCGCAGCCAAGGGUUGCUCAUUCCAGCUUCAGAAGAACAUAUGAAGGCUGCAGAAGCGUUUCAUGCUUGCGAAGAGAAGUCACAGGACGUGAAUACAAAAACGACGCUUCGUAUGUUAUACAACGAACAUAUCAAAGCUGGAAAGGAACUGCAGAGGAGAAUUGCGAAGCUUCGUGAAGAAAACCAGGACCCUACACUGCCGCAAAAGACCUCGCCAAGUUCCAGUAGAUUGCUAGACUCCCAUAAUAACGUUGACGAAUCGUUCAUGGUCCUGGGGCAACAGUCUGAUCCGGGUGAUGCCUUUAAUAACUUUUGGAGAAUCAUGGAGGGCAUGCUGGACAAUUUAUCUCAGCCAGUUGCUUUCGCCACAGCCCCUCUGGGUACUGAACCACCAUCGGGAAAGAAGACCUCACGGCGAGACGGAAGCUCAAGUAGUGCCACUGAUAUCGAACAGCCCCACACAUCUAAGUUUUUGACACGGCUGGGAUUAGAUGGUAAAUUUAAAUCGAAAGCGGACACCUUGUUUGAGGAGACGGACGAGGAAGUAUUUGCGGACGAAGGCAAUGAGCUAUCAGAAUCCUUUUACAUGAUUCCCUCGGAUUCGGAACCGUCCCGGUCGGUUUUGAAGAAAGAAAACGCUUCUUUGAAGCAGGACCUUGAAACAAUGUCCAAGCGCUUGGCGGCUGCUGAACGGAUAAUGCAGCUGCGCAAGGAACAAGAUCACCAAUUACGCGAAAGCAUUGUGAUGGCGCGGCACCAGGCACAACGAGCAAUGGGUGCCUCGACGGUAAUGACAAGGCAAUCCGGGCAGCAACCGGUAGUAGACCUCAGCGCUUUGAAUAUUAAUUUGCCAGCUGUUCCCGCACCUGUGACAGCACUGAAUGUUGGACGUGAUCGGGAGGCGCAGCUACUUGGCCGCAUAAGGGAGUUGGAGGAAGAAGUUCGAGUUGUUCGCACAGAGAACGACAAACAAAAAAUUACGAUCGCACGCUUUCGUGAGCGAUGGGAAAAGUUGAAAGAAUCAUCAAAGCGCAAAAAAGAAUCCAAAGCUGCUGAGGCAGUGAAGAUAAGUGUGGGUGAACGUAUCGUGGAGGAACCUGAGGCCGAGCAAAUGUUGGAUGAAGCCUCAGCACGUUUACCGACGUAGUUGCUCUCCGAUAUACCCUGUAGUUCUCCGUAUGGGCCAUGACCUUCCCGGCAGAUUGGUGUUUCGAUGUCUCGUUGACAGCGCGAGUAAGCGAGAGUUCUUUAUACAUGACGUAUGCUCCUGGUGGAAGCAUGACAGAACACGACACAGCCGAACCCA